AGUUCAUUCUACUCGGCCAUUUCAAACAAAUCGGAAGUCUGCGGAACAAAAAAUAUUCGCGAGUAUUUUAUGAUAAAUAUUAUUUUUUAAAAACAAGCUGAUUUUUCGGGCUCCUUAAAAAGUGUCAGUGAGAAUGGACGGGUAUUACAAUAACAGCAGUUGCGGCUUCAACAACAGCGGCUACUCUCAGACCCAAAAAAGUGGGUCGUGUUGCAAUUGCCCCGGUGGCAACUGCCCCCGGAUGGAGGCGGGGGGCAACGAGGGUCGGGGCAUGAGCCAGCUGGGUUGUCCAGGCGGCAGCUGUUGUCCCGGCGGACGCUGUCCGGUUGGAAAGCCACGCUUCAAUCCUGACUGGCGGAAUGGUGGACGCUAGCACAAAAGAGCUAGCGCUCCCCUGCCCGACAAACCAAGCGCCUAUAAAGUGGACAUCCACCCUCACUUCGCCCGAGUAUUUUGCCGCAGAAACCAUAUGUAAUGGACACCAUUUUAGACAGUGAUUUAAGAUGAAGUGGAUGCCUUAGUCGACUGGAAAUCUGUAUCUGACCAAAAACCCAACUAAUUGGUGCGUCUGCAAUGCAGCCGUAUAAUUUUAAAAACUAUUAUUACCUAUCAUCUGUAAUGUAAAAAAUAUAGAGCUGAUGCAGAAUCUUUCGCGAGUAAGCAAACAAAA